CUUCGCCUAUUCUCGCCGUAAUAGCCAAGCAAUCAGUCAUGCUUCCUAGCGGAGCCCAGGAGCUCUCUCCACCAUCCACUCUCACCGUUCUCUACAAUUUUAAUAAUCCCUCCUUAAACCCAAAACCCAACACAACCCUCCUUCUCCCUAUGCGCACUUCCCUCUUCUCCUCUCUCUCCCUUCUCCGUUCAUUCACUCUUUCUUGCUCUCACCACCAACUCCACCACCACCACUACAUCCGGCAACGCUUCUUUCUCGGCUCUCUCCCCACCUCUACUCUUUUCCGUCGAAAUUUCUGUCCACUUCGGAGUCUCAAGUGUUUCAGUACUUCCACCGAACAGUUGGAGUGCGAAUACCAUUCUCUUCCCGAAUCCGAAGGGAAGUGGGACUUGUCAAGCAACGAGAACGAAAGUGACGUUUUUAAAUACGAGGGCGAUCUGGGACAUUCGGGAGCUGGUUGGGAUUUGAAGCACAUUGAUUCGCCGGCGCUGGAGGUGAAGGAGUUGGAAGAGUUGCCGGAGCAGUGGAGGCGGGCAAGAUUGGCCUGGCUGUGUAAGCAGUUGCCUGCGCAUAAAGCGGGGACUUUGGUGAGGAUACUUAAUGCGCAGAAGAAAUGGAUGAGGCAGGAGGACGCUACCUAUAUUGCCGUUCAUUGUAUGCGCAUCCGCGAAAACGAGACCGGGUUUAGGGUCUACAAAUGGAUGAUGCAGCAGCACUGGUAUCGAUUUGAUUUUGCUCUAUCAACAAAGCUAGCAGAUUACAUGGGCAAGGAGGGAAAGUUUGCAAAGUGCAGAGAGUUAUUUGAUGAUAUUAUUAAUCAGGGGCGUGUGCCUAGUGAGUCCACUUUUCACAUUUUGGUCAUUGCAUAUCUUAGUGCACCAGUUCAAGGUUGCCUUGACGAAGCAUGUAGCAUAUACAAUCGUAUGAUUCAGUUGGGAGGUUACAAGCCACGACUUAGUUUGCACAAUUCUCUCUUUAGAGCUCUUGUGACCAAACCAGCAGACACUUCUAAACGUUAUCUCAAGCAGGCUGAGUUUAUUUUUCAUAAUUUGGUGACAUCUGGACUUGAGAUACAGAAGCAUAUCUAUGGUGGCCUAAUAUGGCUGCAUAGCUAUCAGGACAACAUAGAUAGAGCAAGAAUUGCAUCACUAAGGGAAGAGAUGAAGCUAGCAGGAAUAGAAGAGGGCAGGGAUGUGCUUCUGUCAAUUUUGAGGGCUUGCUCAAAGGAUGGUGAUGUGGAGGAAGCAGAAGCAACUUGGCUCAAACUCCUCAGAAUUGAUGGUGGUCCUCCCACACAAGCUUUUGUGUAUAGAAUGGAAGUCUUUGCUAAGGUUGGAGAACAUAUGAAAUCUUUGGAGAUAUUCAGGGAAAUGAAGGAACGUUUGGGCUCUGUUAGUGUCACAGGAUAUCAUAAAAUCAUAGAGGUGUUAUGUCGAGCUCAGGAAAUGGAUUUGUCAGAAUCACUUAUGCAAGAGUUCAUUGAGAGUGGUAUGAAGCCCCUUAUGCCUUCUUUUAGUGAACUAAUGAAUUUGUACUUAAAUUUAAAUUUGCAUGAUAAACUGGAAUCAGUCUUCUCUGCUUGCCUUAAGAAAUGUCGACCAAAUCGAACAAUUUACAAUAUGUACUUGGAUUCUUUGGUGAAAGUUGGUAAUCUUGACAAAGCAGAGGAGAUCUUCACCCAUAUUUGUAGUGGUGAGGGUGUUGGUGUUACUGGCAGAUCAUGUAAUAUUAUUCUAAGUGCAUAUCUCUCUUCUGGGGAACAUGUGAAAGCAGAGAAUGUGUAUAAUCUGAUGUGCCAGAAGAAAUAUGAUAUUGAACCCUCAUUGAUGCAAAAGCUUGACUAUGUGCUAAGCUUGAGCAGGAAAGAGGUUAAGAAGCCUGUAAGCCUCAAGAUGAGCAAAAAUCAGAGAGAAAUUUUAGUAGGCUUGCUAUUAGGUGGUUUGCAAAUUGAAUCAGAUGAAGAAAGGAAGAGACACAUGAUUCGGUUUGAGUUCAAUGAGAAUUCUAGCGUACAUUCUGUUUUGAGGAGGCAUUUAUAUGAUGAAUACCAUGAGUGGUUACACCCUUCCUGUAAGCUUAAUGAUGGCAGCGAUGAUAUAUCUUACAGAUUUUCUACUAUCUCGCACUCUUACUUUGGUUUCUAUGCAGACCAGUUUUGGCCAAAAGGUCGAGCCAUUAUACCUAAGUUAAUUCAUCGGUGGUUAUCACCACAGGUUCUUGCAUACUGGUAUAUGUAUGGAGGUCACAGAACAUCAUCUGGGGAUAUCUUGCUGAAGCUGAAAGGAAGUCGCGAAGGUGUUGCAAAGGUUGUCAAAGCAUUCAAAGCAAAAUCUCUCAGUUGCAGGGUGAAGGUGAAGGGAAGAGUGUUUUGGAUAGGCUUUCUAGGAAGUGAUUCCAUAUGGUUCUGGAAACUUGUAGAGCCAUAUAUUAUAGACGAUCUCAAAGAUUAUCUGCGAGUGGGUGAUCAGAUGUCAGACAACAAUGCAGUAGAAACACAACAUAUAAACUUCGAUAGUGAAUCUGAUAUUGAUGCAGCAGAAUCUGAUAUUGAUGCUGCUAGUGACAUUGAUGGUCCAUAAAACUUGUGGGUAUAUCCUCGACCAUAUGGGUUGGUGCACCAGUUAACACAGAUUUUCAUUAUGUAUCAUCCUCAGUAACUUGAAAUUUGUAAAUAGUAAUAUCCCUACAGAAUUAAGUUAAUGAUUAAUCAGUUCGUAAAGAAGUUCUCACAAAAUAUAAUCCAAUUGGAUUUCUGUUUCAUAAUGUUCUUCUAUUAUGGUUUAUGCUAUGGUAUGAUGGUAUCUUGUAAUUGUUAA